AUGCGGUUUUUCUUAGGGGUGCUUAUGUGGAAGCACUUAAUCGUCCGCAUGAAAAAAUACAUCCAGACUCCGAUAGAAGUAUUGUCACCACUGGUUUUAUUCGUCGUUCUGUAUGUAUUUAAAGAUCAAUUAAACCCAGUGAAUAAACAUCAAAGCGUUGAGGGUUUCACGAUUCACGAGACGGAUGUAAUUCCCCUGAAUGAGUUAGAGACACCAAUAAAAAUUUAUUAUUUUCCUGAAACUGAUCUUACAAAGCUUUUAAUGGAAAAAGUAGCUGCUAAAUUGCGCUUGAAGGAACAGGAACAAUUAUAUGGUGCAUUUCGUGGAUACUUCCCAAUAUCAGGUGAUACCGAAAUUGAAAAUUUUUUAGAUACCAUAUCUUUAGAUGAUGCUGUUAUUAUUUUUCCUGAUAGUGUACGGAACUCAUCAAACACUUGGCCAGAAAGUCUUAAAUAUACUAUACGCAUGAAAAAUAACUUCAUGACACGCUACUAUAAGUCUAUGGAUAAUACUCUAGGAUCACAUAGAAACUUUGCCACAACUUACAACUCCUUCCUUCGUUUGCAAUGGGCCAUUGAUAGUACUUACCUCCAGCUGUUAACCGGAAAUGAUAUUAACCUGAGAGUCUCCCUCCAAGAGUUACCAUAUGCCCAAGCUGUGGAGAAUAAUGUUGUGGCGCUUCUCGUACUAAUCCUUGUGUUCCUAUGCUGGUUGUCGUUGGAGCUGGUUUUUAUAUUUCUAUGUUCCAGAUUGUUAGAAGAACGGACGUCGGGAGUACAAGAGCUGAUAAAGAUGGUGGGAGUGUCAUCGAACAUGCUAAGCCUGUCCCACUUCUUGAAUGUGCUUCCUACGGGGAUCAUAUUCAGUGUGGUGAAUUCCGCUCUUUUAACGGCAUCCUCGAACCCGCUACUGCCACACACAAGUCCACUCUUGAUAGCCAUCAUGUUUCUUCUCUACUUCAUCUCCAUUAUGUCAAUGGCCUUUGCGUUAAGCUAUUUGGUGAGGAAUCCUCAAUACGUAACCACCGUUGCGGCUGUGGUGUACAUAGCUUUUACGUUUCCAUCCAAGUGGCUUAUGGAAUUGGAUAACCCGUGGUGGGCGAUGCCCUUUGUAAUGCUUGUUCCUCACGCCCCCAUGAUGUCCUUCUGGUAUGAUGUUGCUGCUCUGGAAACGUAUGGACAAGGAUUAUCAAUAUCGAAUAUGGCGACUACGCACGCCAAGCACUCUGUAUCAGUACUCGGCUGUUACUUUUUCUUAGUUUUACAAUCGGUUGUAUUUUUCUCGCUCACACGCUAUCUCUCUCUCGUUAUGCCCGGACAAUAUGGCCAUGCCUUGCCUUGGAAUUUCUUAUGUCAGAAAAGUUACUGGAACAAGAAACAAAUCGGUCCAGAAGAGGAAAUAGAGGAGUUGGAGGAGAUGAGAGACGAAGAUGCUAUGUUCUUUGAGGAGCCUCCGAGGAAUGCUGAAGUUGGCAUUAAGAUUGUCAACGUUUCUAAGGUGUUCGAUAAGAAACGCGUGGUAAAUAAUGUCUCAAUGGACGUAUUAAAGGGAGAGAUCACAGUGUUGCUAGGUCAUAAUGGCGCAGGGAAAACAACGCUUAUGUCUAUUAUUACUGGCAUGUUAAGCCCAACCGAAGGCAACGUGUACGUAGAAGGACUGGACACGUUCACACAAAGAGAAGAAAUGCGACAACACCUCGGUCUUUGUCCGCAACACAAUCUCUUCUUCCCGGAUCUUACUGUGCUUGAACAUGCCAUUUUCUUUACCAUGCUCAAAGGCGAAGGCUAUAAAGAGGCGAAAUCCUCAUCAAUGAAGUUGCUGGACCACCUGGGCUUAUCCACCAAACUGAAUGAUUUGAGCAGUGCUUUAUCUGGAGGAAUGAAAAGACGGCUACAGCUGGCAUGUGCGUUAGCUGGAGAUGCGAAAUUGCUGGUGUUAGAUGAACCUACAUCUGGAUUAGAUGUAGAAUCGAGAAGGCAAUUGUGGGAUUUGCUGUCGUCCCUCCGCGGUUCUCGUACGGUUUUGCUGAGUACGCACUUCAUGGAAGAGGCGGACGCGUUGGGAGAUCGCGUGGCCGCACUGCAGGGUGGGAAACUACGUUGUCAUGCUACUCCUAUGUACCUCAAGAGGGCGUUAGGUACCGGCUACCGCCUAUCAUUCACAACAAUCGGACUACCUCGAGAACAAGCCAUCACUGAAGUGAUACAAUCUUACAUCCCCGACGCCACACUUAAAGAAACCUCUCUCAACUCAAUCUCAUACAGUCUCCCAUCUAAAGACAGUACGAAAUUUGCUAAAUUAUUUACGGCUUUGGAGAAUAAGAGGUCACAACUCGGCAUUGAUUCUAUUGGCGUGGGAAAGUCCACGUUGGAGGAAGUUUUUAUAAAAUUGUGCAGUGAUGUUACUACAACUUUUGAUGAUGACGAAGUCGAUGCUGAGAUUCAAGAAGCCGAUUAUCCAAAACUAACUGGAAUGAAAUUGUAUUUACGCCAGUUCAUUGCGCUGUUCCGCCGUAUAUUGAAGUUCCUUUGGUUCCACAAGAUAUCUUUUGUUCUAACGCAAAUUGUUCUACCCAUAUUCUUUUUAUACGGUGUAACGCAAAUAAGCAACGAUUUAAAAACCGAAGAAGAAAAGAACCCACCAGCGACUAUGAACCUCGACAUGUAUCAGGAUUUGCCGAAUUCGCGGGUUCUUUAUAAAGUGGACAAGUCUUAUAGUUUACGAAGCCUUAGUGACGCCUAUCCGAAAAUCGACUUUGAAGUAGCAGAUGAUGUUGCUGCCAAUAUUUUGCGUAUUAGCAAGCGAGAUCAGUUGGAUUACAACAAGUAUAUCGUUGGAUUGGAACUUAAUGAAACCGACGCUAAGAUUUUGUUUACGACUCGUGUACGUCACGCGGCACCCGUCGCCAUGAACGUUCUAACCAAUUUGCUCGCGAGUCAUCUUUUGCCUUGGGGUGAUGGUGUAACCUUGACCACCAUUAAUUAUCCUCUAGAAUCGGCGCAACUAAGGACUGCGGAGAUUGUCGAACCGAAAGCUAUGGGUAGCGUCUUCUUAUGGAGUGCCUUCGUCGUUUUUAUUAUCUCAGCUACAGUUAUGAAUGCGGUGGGCAUGGCAUGCAAAGAGCGACAAAGUAGUACUCGACACAUACACAUAAUGUCUGGGUGUCCCCCUCUGGUCUUUUGGCUCUCGUCGUUGAUAACGUACACAAUUCUAUACACUCUGGUACUGUUGAUACCUACUUUGGUGGCCUGUGUCGCCCUGGAACGGAAUGGAACCCUUAACCAACCUGACUUUCUUGGUACACUGUUCCUGAUAAUGUUCCUGAGUGUGGUUUCGUUCCUGUGUUUUAUCUUUUUCGUGAGCUUUUUCUUCUCAGAUCGCGCAGCCGGUGUCAUUCUUGUCGCGUUUCUGUUUAUUUUUGGAGUUAUCACACCAGCGAUACAGUCCGGAGCUGAAUUCUUUGAAGACGCUGUACCGGGUUAUGCAAACAUCAUCCUAACAUUUAUUUCCUAUACGAUGCCGUGUCAUACGUUCGCAAUGGCAGUAAAGCGGGCCGGCAACGUCGCACGCGUGAACGCGUAUUGUGAUCUUAAUAAGGACAAAUGCCCGAAUCUAGUAGUUCCAGAUUUAAACUUCGAUGUCAAUAAAUGUUGUGUAUUAAACGAAAAGUCCCUGAACUAUUUCUCCUUUGAAGACACAUCGCCGCUUAUCUUCUUGCUAAUUUAUAUUGCGCAAAUCAUAGUUUAUAUGUCAUUAGUGAUCGCCUGCGAAAAAGGUAUAUUCAUGUGCUGGAUUGAUCGAAUAUUCAACUCGGGAUAUUCUCCAGAAACCAGUACUAAUGUCGACCAAUUGGUUUGCGCUGAAAAGUGCUACGUGAACAAGGCGAUUGAUUUACCACCCCGAGACAUCCGCGAUGCGAUGUUGGUUGACGAUAUACACAAGAAAUAUUUGCGUUUCCCGAAGUCGUGCAAUGCUGUCAAAGGGAUCAGCUUCUCAGUCCAAAAAGGUGAAUGUUUCGGUCUCUUGGGGGUGAACGGUGCGGGGAAAUCAACAACAUUCAAAAUGCUAACCUCAAGCGAAUGUCCUACGAGGGGACGGAUAUUUGGGAACGGAUAUCACAUGGAAAAAUCGAGGGCUGAGUACUUACGUUCGUUGGGGUACUGUCCGCAAUUCUUCGGUUUGGACGAGUUUUUGACGGGCCGCGAAAACCUCACGCUGUUGCUGACGCUACAAGGCCGUGAUGAAGAACAUAUACAUGAUGAAGUUGCCUCCUGGAUUGAUACCGUAGGGCUAGAAAAAUACGCAGACCAGCCAGUCAGCGGGUACUCCGGUGGGUGCGCGCGCCGUCUAUCCACCGCGGCGUCUUUAUGUGGCAACGCAGCCGUGACUCUGUUGGACGAGCCCACUGCAGGAGUUGACGUUGCCGCGAGAAGACGUGUCUGGGCAGCGUUGAGACGCGCAACUGCGUUGCGACGGGCGCUUAUUAUUACUUCGCAUAGUAUGGACGAGAUGGAAGCUCUCUGCAACCGUAUAGCCAUAAUGUCCGCGGGCGAAAUCCGAGCAUUGGGCGAACCGGCCAUACUCAGGGCGAACCACGCCGCGGGACACGCCCUUACACUGAAACUGAUGCCUACAUCUACUGACGAAACGGAUGGUUCGAAACCCGAUUUAAGGAGACUAAAGGCAGCUCUACAAGACCGAUUUAACUGUACUCUCAAGGAUGAACAUAAGAGUAUGCUCCAAUACCACAUAAAUGAUGAGAUACCAUACAGCGAACUGUUCUCAGCUCUGGAAAAACUUAAGGAGCAAAACCCACUGAUAGAGGACUAUUCAGUGACAGAAACAACUCUAGAAGAAGUAUUCCUUUCAUUUGCGCAAGCUGGGCAGGCUCCUGAGCAGGAUCCUGUGCAGGAUUCGGCAGCUUAA